UUUCCGCUAAACUCGGGUUAGGUUGAUUCACUAUCGAUCAUUGGGGAAAGACUGAGCUUGAUUUCUUUGCGGCGGAGAAAUCUGAUGUGCGUGCAACAUGAAUCGGACGAUCGCGGGACGCAGAUUAAAUUCAGUAACGUCAACAGAACUAAAAUCGUAGUUUGACCAACGCAAACCAGAUAGUGUUUGAGUCCGGGAAAGUGUUUGGGAUCGCGCUCGACUCACUUUGUUUCUCUUCUAUGCGUAAUAGGCGCGGACGGCGUGCGUUACCUAAACGUGUCCGCGUCUUCACAAAGUUGCGCGUCUCAGGAAGGGUUGAAGUUGGAUCCGUUGACCCGUGGAGUACUCUUGAGUCCCUCUGGAUGGAUGGAUGGGUAUGGGGAGAGCAGGAUCUUACUACCCCGGGGCUGAGAGCCUCAUCUCUCCUGUAUUUUAUCUGCUUGUGCUGUGCACCAUCUCUUCUGUCACUCGUAUAGGUGAGAGCCAGGUCCAAACCCCACAGUGCCGGAUCCAAAAGUGCACCACAGACUUCGUCUUGCUCACCUCCCAUCUGAACCCUUCGCUGGAUGGCUUUGAUACCGAAUUCUGCAAGGCCCUUCGAGCCUAUUCGGCCUGCACCCAGCAGACCUCCAAAAGCUGCAGGGGCAACCUGGUCUUUCACUCGGCCAUGCUGGGCAUUAGUGACCUCAUGAGUCAGAGGAACUGCUCUAAAGAUGGACCCACGUCGUCCACCAAUCCCGUCAACCCUAUUGAACCGUGCAACUAUCACAGCCGCUACCAUCAAGUGUCGCGGCCCGGGACGGGCGUUGGGCUCCUGGAACACCCACGGCCGACUUACCUGUUUUGCGGUCUGUUUGGGGACCCUCAUCUUAGGACUUUCAAAGACCAUUUUCAGACCUGUAAGGUUGAAGGGGCAUGGCCUCUCAUUGAUAACAAUUACCUGUCGGUGCAGGUGACAAACGUUCCGGUGGUUUAUGGAUCAAGUGCGACAGCAACUAAUAAGGUCACAAUAAUCUUCAAACCAUACCAAGAAUGCACCGAUCAGAAAGUCUACCAGGCCAUAACGGACGACCUUCCUGCCGCCUUCGUGGACGGGACCAUCAGCGGGGGCGACAGCGAGACCCGCAGCAUAUGGAUACUGGAGAAGUCUCCGGGUCGCCACGUGGAGAUCCAAGCCGCCUACAUCGGGGUCACCAUCAUCGUACGGCAGCAGGGUCGAUACCUGACUCUGGCCGUGCGGAUGCCGGAGGAGCUGGCCAUGGCCUUUGACGAAACACAGGACCUGCAGCUGUGCAUAAAUGGCUGCCCCACGUCAGAGCGCAUCGACCAGGAAGGACAUUUCCAUAUGCCCAUGCAGGGUCUCCAGCAGGCCGGCAUGCAGCAGCAGGCGAGGGUCCAAGCCCAAAGGGGAGUCUUCACCCUUGAAAGCGCCUCCAGAAAAUGCAGGGAACAGCUGGAGGUUAAAGACAUCUAUUUUCAUUCCUGUGUGUUUGACCUGCUUACCACAGGAGAUGCAAAUUUCACCACGGCCGCCUACAAUGCCCUGAAAGACAUGGAGAUCCUGCACCCUAAGCGGGAGCGCUGGCAUAUCUUUCCGAACUCGACUGCCGGGCACAGGCCGUUUUCAUUGCUCUCACAUGCACUGCUGGUUCUCUUUCUUCUUUCCGGGCUUUUAUAAUUCGAUGACUGUUUCUUAAAAAAAACAAA